AUGGCACACCAGCUCCAGCCUGAUCGAGCGCACGACGCUGAGGAGAAUUCGAGUCAAUAUUAUUCUGAGCUUCUGGGACUCAUUGACCAAGAGUUCUCCGAAUUGCCAAACAUCGAUGCUACACAGGAACUGCUACUUCGAACGCCUUACCAAAACGACGACCACGACCGCUUCGAAAAUACUCCUAAUCUAUCCCCGCCGCGAGGGCCUGUAGAAUUUCCAACGCAAAACGCUGCAGAAGCAGCAUACAUUAAUCCGAGACUCUACCACGAGCAAAUCGAUGAUCAAGUGCCAUCACUUACAUCUAUAUCUGACCCGAGAGAUCCCAUUAGGGUCACUAAUGUCGCAGACAACGCCUUCGCUCCCACGGAAAGACAGACAACUGUUGAAGCGACUUAUUGGCAGCAGAUUCGCGAGUUCGUUCUCUCCGGACUGAUCCCUGGACCUACACCACAAAAUGAGGAAAGACGGGGGCGAAAAUGUUUGAAGUGCAGGUUCGAAAAGGGAAAGGUUGUUCGCUCGUACAACGCUGAAUAG